GCUAUGUUUUUGACCGAUUAAUAAUAAACGUUGUCAACCUAGAAUACACAAUAAUAGAAAUAAUAAAACAUUGACUUACCAUGGAAAAGAAGGGAAUCCAAGUGAGAAUAACGGGCGACGAUAAGGGCAAAGGCCUUUUUGCACUUCGUUCAUACAAAGAAGGUGAGACUAUUCUGGAAGAAAAGCCACUUGUCUGUUGUCAAUAUUCGUGGAAUGCCGAUUAUGGUUAUUCCGCCUGCGAAAAUUGCCUGAGCCCGCUCGAAACUGCCCAAGAAAAUGUUUUUCGACUUUGUGGAAAAAGAGAUAUUAUUUUGCCAUAUCCGGAAUGUUGUGAAACGAAAAAAGAAUUUAUUACAGACUGUGAAACUUGUGGAGUCAAAUAUUGUAGCAGUGAAUGCAAGUCGCAGGCAUUCCAAAGAUAUCAUCAGACUCUCUGUCUGCAAUCUCGAGAAAAGGACAAAGGCCACCCACUGGUACAAUUAAACGAAAUAUGGAAACAACUCCAUUAUCCUCCAGAAACUGCAACAAUAAUGCUGGUCGCAAAAAUGGUUGCACUAGUGAAUCAAUCUCCCGACGGAAAAAGCGUUAAAUCCGCUUUUUCUCAAUUUUGCCACCGGACAACCAACGAAACACAAGAAAUUGCACACAAGCUGCUCGGAGAAAAAUUCAUCGAGCAAAUUGACCUCUUGAGGGAAACCACGAAGAAUGUUUUAAAUGUCGAAUCGGUAGAAGACUGGUUUACACCCGAUGGAUUUAAAAGCUUAUUGGCUUUGAUUGGCGUGAAUGGACAAGGAAUUGGAACGAGCGCAUUUAGUCGUUGGGUAAACAAUGUAUCUGCCCUCGACUUAUCCAACGAUCAAAGAAUCCAAGUUGACGAGCUCAUUGACAGAAUUUAUAAAGACAUGGACGAUGCUGUUGGCUUGUCAUUUCUCAAUAACGAGGGCACUGGUCUCUACAGUUUACAGUCGACAAUAAACCACAGCUGUGAUCCAAAUGCCGUUGUCGAGUUGCCUCAUUCAAACAGCACUUUGGUGGUGAAAGCCACUCGAGAGAUUCAGCCGGAAGAGGAGAUUUGCAUUGCCUAUCUGGACGAGUGUCUUUUAGAAAGAAGCAGACACUCACGACAAAAGGUUUUAAGUUCACUAUAUUUGUUUAUUUGCCAGUGUAACAAAUGUCUCUCGCAAUCUGAUGAUCCUGAUCUCACAUCAGAUUCAGAAGAAUAUUCUGACGAGGAUAUGUCUGAUUAAAUCACAAAAU